AUGUCGUACUCAUUCAUGAAGCGUUACAACCGCCUAUGCAUGCGGCCCGCCGGCGUCCGCAACCGGCACAGCCUGACUGUAGACACGCGGUUUGUCAUUGCACACACAGAUUUUGAGUCGCAAUACAAUGGUAUCUUGUCCAUCCGCAAGGGCGAUAUAAUCCGGGUCAAGCAAGGCGGCGACGGUCAUCCUAAAUGGUGGCUGGGGACAGUGAUUAGAAGUUAUGAGAAUACAAAGGGCCAUGGUUAUUUCUUCCCCGUCCUUACUGAGCAGUACAACUUCAUGGAUAAUAGGAUUGCGUCGCGUAUUCCAAUGGCUCUGCUGGAUAUCCAUGGACAUUUCCGCAAGUACGACAAGAAGCGUGUGCGCACCAAGGCCUAA